AUGUCAAUUGCCAAACGUUUAGUAAUCAAAGCAUCAAACUCUUACGAUGGAGAGUUUCAAAUUGUUCCUGUGAACGGAGGACUGGUUGACAUCUCAUCGGAGAUCGGAACUUUUCGGGUAAUUGUACAUAUCAAGAACUUUGAUGGGGCCAAACCUCAUUUACACAAUUCAUACUACAAUUUAAGCGAUAAGACUAGGCUUGAUGGUAGUGAGGUAGUAGAAGGUGAGGGACAACCCUCUGACAAACUUGAACCAACCUCUCCCAACUUACGCUUGGAAGUAUUGUUUACCCCCAAUAAGGCCAUUAAUGGUGGUGAUUUAAUCUUUGGUAAUGAUUUCUUGUAUCCAAUUAAAGGAUAUGUUCCUACAUCUUUAUUGAACACAGGAUUGAAGUUUUUCACCUGGUUUAUCAGCAAGACAGUCAAGGGAGACGUGUAUAACGAUAAGCCAUAUCUCUAUGGAUUGGCAUUAAAUAGUUUUAGUUACAUUACCGGAUCAAGAGUAAAGGAUGAGGAUGCAGGAGAGGUUUUAGAAGCCAAUAAAGAGGCCACGAAUUAUCAUGAGAAUUUGGGAGCUAAGAUCCCCAAGGAAUCUUUGGCUCGUAAGAAGUACUUCAACGACGUUUCACAUGCCAAAAACUUUACAUUUGAUGAAGGAACUUCGUAUACCUUGAGGUUUGAUACUAACUUUUUAAAAAUGUCCGACUCCAAAUAUGCCGUCAGCAUUCCUACAUAUGGACACAAGACUUUCGACAUUGAUGUGUUGGGAUAUGCCAAUGAAACUUUGAACAAUUUCAAUUGGGUGAUUAAGAAUAAAGGGUUCGAAGGGGUUGGAAUGGGGGAAAUUGGAUUGGUAUUGAAUUUUGCCCUUGCAGAUGAACCACGUGAAAAGUAA